CGUCAUAACCGGAAGUAAGUGUUCUCAACUGUGGUUCUAACCGCCGAACGUUCUGUUACAGCUGCUCUCACUUGUGUUUUGUUGUUUGAUAUUUUAAGCUGAUGAAAUAAAGAAAAAAAGCGAGUCAUGCAGUCAGACAAAGAAGGUGGGGACGAUGGGUGUCCUGAGGAAUGUAUUGCUCUGUCCGACUUCACUGGAAGUGGCAGCGACCAGCUUGCUUUCACUAGCAAAGACAAACUGCUUGUGCAUGCCAAGCCCUCAUCAGACUGGUGGUGGGCAGAGCUGCAUGGGGUAAUAGGUUAUGUACCUGCCAGCUAUCUGCGCCCUGUUGGAGCUGCUAAAGAGCGGGAUGAAGAAACAUGCCUGGAGGAUCCAUGGCAGGACGAAGAAUACUUUGCCAGCUAUGGUACACUGAGACUUCACUUGGAGAUGUUGUCGGACAAGAGUCGCACUGAGGCGUACCGGCAGGUUAUCUUCACUAACAGUGCUUCUCUGAGGAAUAAGGUGGUGAUGGACCUUGGCUGUGGAACUGGCAUCAUCAGCCUCUUCUGCGCUCAGCUUUCACAACCCUCAGUGGUGUAUGCUGUGGAAGCAAGUUCCAUAGCCGAGUAUACCAGACAGCUGGUGAAGCAGAACGACUGUGAAGAGGUGGUUACAGUGCUGCAGGGGCGAGCUGAAGAGACUGAGCUACCUGUGCAGGUGGAUGUCCUGGUUUCUGAGUGGAUGGGUAACUGCCUGCUGUUUGAGUUCAUGGUGGAGUCAGUCUUGCUGGCACGGGACCGCUGGCUGAGAAAAGGGGGUGUGAUGUGGCCUUCAUCUGCAGCCCUCGCCCUAGUGCCAUGUCAGGCUGAGAGCUAUUAUGCAGAGAAAAUUGCCUUCUGGGAGCAGCCAUAUGGCCUGGACUUCACCCCUCUUCAGCCUUUGGCACAGAAGGAGUUCUUCACCAAACCCAAGUUCAGUCACCUGAUUGAUCCCAGCGACUGCCUCAGUGCGCCCUGUGACAUCAUCACCAUGGACAUGUACACUCUGCAAGUUGAAGACCUUGAGGAAAUGAAGGGUCAGUUUCAUUUCUGUGUGGAAAGGUCUGGUGUGUUCCAUGGAUUCACUGCCUGGUUCACUGCUCAUUUUGAAAGCCUGGAGACAGAAGGUGCAACAGUGGAGCUAAACACGGGACCUAACUCUGAGCCAACACAUUGGAAGCAGACUCUCUUCAUGUUAGACAGACCAGUCCGUGUGUAUGAAGGAGACUCGAUCAGUGGAAGCAUUGUCCUGCACAGGAACCCUAUCUGGAGACGCCACAUGACUGUUACCCUGCAGUGGAACAUCAACAGCAGCAAAGAGGAGACUGACAACUGCCAGGUUGGAACAAAGAGUUUCCCCAUGUGGAGGUGAAAGGCUCACAAAGUGUCUCAUCAAUGGUGGCGAUCAACUGAAAAUCAGUCUUACACAUCCUCUGUGAGGAUAAGGGUGGGUGAAGUAUCAGCUGUGAGCUGCUGCUGCUGGCCGGCCGGUGAUGAAGUUCCGCCUUCAUGAUGUAAAAGUAACGCUGUCAAAAGAGCCUCAUCUGGCAGGACAUACAGUCGUAAUGUUGUACACCUGAUAACUACAGGCCCAGGUGAUUUAACACACCAUGAAAUCAGAGCAGGGUAAGCGUAGAAUGAACACAACUUUCAAUUUGUAUGCUUUUUUUUUUAUACAAGACUGUGUUGUGUUUACAGGCUUGAAAAACAGAAACGUUUUUUUAUCAAGUAUUUGUAGUCUGAGGUGCAACAAAAAAAUCCACUAGAAAAGUCCACUACAUUGUAUUUCUGUAAUGCCUGAAUUUUCUUACAAUAUAUUAUUCUAAAUUAAUAUAUGUACAAUUGAUGAACUAAUGUUGAAAUUCAGCAAAUCAACAUGUUAUUCAACUUCUAA